AGUCGAGGAAACAGUUUGAAAACGCAGAGUUCGUUGAGCAUUCGCUAUACAGGCUGAACUGUGAAUAGAACCAUGACAUUUGCGAAAGUCUUGCUAGUAGCUAGCCUAAUCGGGAUUUCCCUGCGCGAGGCUCACUCCCACGGGAUGAUGAUGGACCCUGUUCAAAGGAGCAGCGCUUGGAGGAGGGGAUUCCCUGUUGAUCCCAAUUACACCGACAACCAGCUGUUCUGUGGAGGACUGACUGUUCAAUUCGAGCAAAACGGUGGAAAAUGUGGCGAAUGCGGAGACGAUUACGCCCUUCCCCGACCCAGACCCAACGAAAAUGGAGGCAUUUAUGGAACCGACCUGAUCGUCAAGAAGUACAAACGCGGCGAGACCAUUAACAUAAACGUGAAACUGACCGCCAACCACCUGGGAACCUUCACGUUCCAUUUGUGCCCACUGACGCGGUCCAACGAACUCGAGACCGAGGACUGCUUCAACAGGAACCCAAUCCAAUUGGCGGAUGGCUCUUAUACCAUGGAUGUGCCAUCAGGUAAAAUGGAGUACAACGUGGCCGCUCGCUUGCCAGAGAACGUCACGUGCGAGCACUGCGUGCUCAGGUGGAAUUACCGUAGCGGAAACAACUGGGGCGAAUGCGACGAUGGCCACUCUGCUUUGGGCUGUGGCCCUCAAGAAACCUUCAGAAACUGCGCCGACAUCGCUAUCCUAUAAAACCCUCUUCUUCGCCUUCUUCUUCUACUCUUUCCUUCUAUACUGUGUUGGAAUAAUUGUGUAGAAAGGUACGGAGAAAUUACGAGCGUGAAAUUGUCGCGAACAACCGACAGCUAUUCCGAUGCUGUUAAAUAAACUGCGCGUAAUUCGGUAGCCGUAAUUGCGUCGUUAACGACGCCGCCGCGCGAAACGUAAAUUCACGGGGCAACGAUAAUUGCGAGGACCCAGACCGCCGGUAAAUUCGAUCGCGGCGCAAUUACCGUAUUCGUUGCAGUUCGAUAGAACCGUCUCGGUGAUCUGUGUUCGAUUUCAAUCUGGCUCGGCACGACGCUGCGCGACAGGUCGUUCUCCUCCUAGCCAACCACCUCCAGCCACAAACGCGAUCCUAAAAAUUUAAAUAAAUUGAAAUUGAGAGUAUAA